AAAUCAGCCUCCGCUGUCUUGUUCUAAUUGAAGGACGUAUUCCGUCAUCCCAAAGCGUUACAAUUAUCGAUAUUUCCAACAAUCAACGUGUCGACUACCUAAAGCAUCAAAUCAAACGAAAAUGGCCGAGUCUCCAAGAGUAUGAUCCCUCUCAAAUCACAUUACACAGGAUGACGGAGGGAAUCACUUUGAAGAAAGUGGUCAGUUUCUAUAAUGAUAACACUCAUAAAGGAACAGAAAUGUUUCCAAUAGAUUCAAUCGCUGUUUAUUUUCCCGAUACACCGUCAGAUAUUUGCGAAAAUUGCAUUGAUGUCGCAGUGUACGUAAGAGGAGAACCAAAGAGGGUUGAACUAUAG